CCGGUUCGCAUAUCACGUGACUUUGGUGUUGACGGUUUAGGAUACUUAACCUUAAAGUUAUUAUAAAAUGUACAAACUGUAAAGACCCAUGCAGAGCCUGCUACGGAUUUUUUCGAGUAUAUCUUAUAGACAAAAUGAUUUUAGUAGUAUAAGGUGUUUCAUUAAUUUUACGCCAUUAUUAAUCAAUAAAAAAGACGUAAAAAUCAUGAAGGUGCUUAACGUCGCUGAAAAAAAUGACGCUGCCAAGAAUAUAGCUCACAUUAUCUCUCGCGGUGGUAGUCGAUGGAGAGAUAGUUUUUCAAAGUUCAAUAAAAUCUACGAAUUCAGUACUCAAUUAUGGAACCAAAAUUGCCAAAUGCUUAUGACUUCGGUUUCUGGGCACUUAUUGGGAUACGAUUUUGCGGGAGCUUAUCGCAAAUGGCAUGGUUGUCAUCCUUUAAGUUUAUUCGAUGCUCCGGUUAUAAAGAAUUGUCCCGAAAAUUUCCUUCCAAUUAAAAAAACCUUGGAAAGGGAAGUGAGAAGUUGCGAUGCUCUGAUAAUCUGGACCGAUUGCGAUAGAGAAGGAGAGAAUAUUGGCUUUGAAAUAAUUCAGGUGUGUCAAGCUGUUAACCCCAACAUUAGGAUUUACAGAGCCAAAUUCUCAGAAAUAACGAAUACAUCCAUAAGCAGAGCUCUUGCAACUCUUGGUGAGCCAAAUAAGGCAGUUAGUGAUGCCGUUGACGUAAGAAGUGAACUAGAUUUGCGAAUAGGUGCAGCAUUUACAAGAUUUCAAACUCUGCGACUUCAGAAAGUAUUUCCUGCAAAGUUGGGAGACAUGUUGAUUAGUUAUGGCAGUUGCCAAUUUCCAACGCUUGGUUUCGUCGUAGAAAGAUUCUUAGCCAUAGAGCGAUUCCAGUCUGAACCAUUUUGGAAAAUAAAAGUUACGGACGAUCGAGAUGAUCUCCGCGUUGAAUUCAGAUGGGCUAGAAGCAGGCUCUUUGAAAGAUUAGCUUGCCAGGUGAUUUAUGACAUCUGUCAGGAAAAUCCUGAUGCAGUUGUUGAAAAGGUGACUGGUAAACCAAAAAGCAAGUGGAGACCACUGCCUUUAGAUACCAUUGAACUCGAAAAACAAGGAUCUCGUAAGCUUCGCAUGAGUGCAAAAGAGACGAUGCAAAUAGCAGAGAGAUUAUAUACCCAAGGACUGAUUAGCUACCCGCGUACGGAGACGAAUAUAUUUCCUAAGGAAUUGAAUUUACAGCCUCUUGUUGAACAACAGUCACAAAGCCAAGCCUGGGGUGAUUUUGCUCAACGAGUUCUCGGAGAUGGUAUAAAUCCAAGGCAAGGAAAAAAGAGCGAUCAAGCUCAUCCUCCGAUUCAUCCAACCAAGUUCGUGGGAAAUCUUCAUGGGAACGAAGCCAAAGUCUACGAAUUUGUCGUAAGACACUUUCUCGCUUGCGUGGCAAAGAAUGCUGAGGGUCAUGAGACAGUCGUCGAUAUUGACAUUGCGGGAGAGAAAUUUGUAGCCAGUGGUCUGCAAAUUAUAGCCAAAAACUACUUGGAUGUGUACAUUUACGAAAAGUGGAAUGCCAAAGAGAUUCACGCCUACCAGCAAGGGCAAGUGUUUAGACCGACUAGUAUCGAAAUGCCAGAAGAAAAAACUUCCGCUCCUAAUUUGCUGACGGAAGCUGACUUGAUUGCUUUAAUGGACAAACACGGAAUUGGCACAGACGCCACGCAUGCUGAGCACAUAGAGACAAUUAAGAAAAGAGAAUAUGUUGGCUUGACAAACACCCAGCAUUUUAUGCCUGGAAAAUUGGGCAUUGGAUUAGUCAUGGGUUAUGAUAACAUGGGUUUUGAAAUGUCGAAACCGAAUCUCAGAGCUGAACUUGAAAACGACCUCAAACUGAUAUGCGAAGGACGGAAAGAUCCGAAAGAUGUCCUUGCACAGCAAAUAUCAAACUACCGUAAUGUGUUUCAAAUAGCGUUAGGUCGCGCCAAUUUAAUUGAUAGGGCUCUUGCUGAAUAUCUUGAAGACAAUCCAUUAGAUGCUCCCGAAAUCGAAUUCGCAACGCCAGGCACAGAUAUCGUGGUUUUUAAAUGCCCUAGGUGCGGCUGUGAUAUGACGCUGAAAGAGAGAAGAACACAAGAAGGAAGAUUUCUCAGCUGCAUGAAUUUUCCAACUUGCAAUAAUGCUGUGUGGUUUCCUUUGUCUGUCGAAAGUGUGGAAGUUCUCAAUGAUGUUUGCACUCGCUGUCCGGGAGGAAUGCACAAAUUGAAAUUCAAGUUUAAGCCAGGCACAAUGCCACGAUUCUUUCCUGAGUAUACAACAUGUAUCGGUGGUUGUGAUGAAAUAUUUAACGAUCAGAUGGAUAUAAAUGAACGUAAUGUUAGAAAAACAACACGACCGAAUGAUUCUGGUUACAGCAGUAACCAGAGUGUUAAUAGUACUCAAAGAAGUAGAAUUGUACAAAAUAAUCCGAGUAGUCAGAGGAAUGCGAAUACUAACAGCAGCGGAAGUUCAAGGGCCGCUUCACAAGUAAGGCCAAAUCAGGCUGCUCAAAAUGGAACUAGUAGACCUCAAACGAGGCCAGCUGAAACUGCUCGAAAUCAAAAUAAUUGGUCGGGCCCAACGAGAACUAAUCAAAACCCACCGAGUCAAAAUAGUGGUAAUAAUCAAGUCUCUAGACCAGCAAAUGUCGGAAUGGUUGCUUCGAGUUCAAAUUCUUCUUUCAAUAACUCUACGAACCAAAAUUGGGGAAACGUGGAUGGUGGAUCUACGAUUUUGUGUAAUUGUCACGAUAAUGCGAUACUUUUGACGGUUAGGAAAGAAGGACCAAAUCAAGGUCGGCAAUUUUACAAGUGUAGUAAACCACAAGGAUCCGGAUGUAACUUCUUCACAUGGGCCUCGGAUGAUGGAAAUAAUGAAACUCCAGCACGACCUCCUGCGCCUAAUAACAGACCUUUUCAGGGUGCGGAUAACAACCACCGUAAUAAUUACAAUGCACCAGGACCUUCGACAAGUUGGGGAAAUACUGGCACUGCAAACGAUUCGGGCGACAACGUUAUGUGCACGUGUAAUCAACCAGCCAGAAAAUUAACAGUUGCGAAAGAAGGGCCAAAUAAGGGAAGACAAUUUUACGCUUGUCCAAAGGGUAUCGGCAGUACUUGCAAGUUUUUCCUAUGGGCGGAUGACGAGAACACAGGUUCGAAUAACGGAGAUGAUUGGGGUGGUGGUGGUGGCGGAGGAGGAGGAGGUUGGGGUGGCGGAGGAGGUUGGGGAGGCGGUGGAGAUUGGGGAGGAUCGUCAACUGGAAGAGGCAGAGGACGGGGAAGAGGUGGAAGUUCAGGAGCUCCUAGAAAACCGCGAGCUACCGCUGGUGCCAAGAGGAAAUGCGGAAUUUGUGGAAUUGAAGGCCAUACAAAGAAAACGUGUCCGCAGAAUUCAAUGGAUCGUUAAUAAGAUUAAACUUUUAGGUAUACAGAAUAAAGUAUUUAAAAUAUUCGUUUUACUUCAUUACAUGCUCUCUAGGUAGAAUGGGUAUGUUACUUUUCGUAAUUUAUAUUCAGGAAAUAUCUAUUUUUUAUAUUUUAUAAAUUUGAACUAUAUUUAAAAUAAGCUGACACUUACAGGCUUAAAAUUACUCUAAAGAAUCGUUUACUCAGAAAUCUGUUGUCUUUUAGUAUCUACAUUUGAAGGAAUAGAUGCUUUAUUAAAAUUAUGGAAUUUAACACACCCAUGAUUAAGUAGUAAACGCUAGCGGUAAUUCUAAACAUUCUGUGCCUUCUAUAAGUGAUGUUAAUAAGUUAGUAUUGUAAA